ACUUUAAACCUUUAAACUUCCGGUUCAAUGGUUGCUAUUUCCCUUGUCGCAGCGUUUAUGUUCCGUUACCAUAGCAACGGAGCAGCUCGACACCGGAGGACACGGAGAAACAGCCGUCAUCAUCCGCAUCAGUCUGACCGGAAACAUGUCGUCACCGAGGGUGGGCGUGGUCAGAGACUCCAUGCUGACCAAUCCGCUGCUGAUCAAGGCGUCUCUGGGUCAGACCCAGUCUAGAGGUCUGUCAGUUCCUGGUCCAGAUUUCACGUUUGGAACCAGCAGCGGCUCUCUGAGAGACGGAGGCGUGGCCGAUGUUCUGUCCAGUUGGAGGAUCCAGUCCAGACGUGGAGACUCUGCUCCUCAUCGACCCGUGGUUCCGGACUUCGUGUCUCUGAACCGGGAGGCAGUGAAGUCUGGUCUGGUGACGUCCAAAGAGAUGAGUCAGUAUCGGGCCCAGGGGGGCGGGGCCAAGACACAGAGAGGCCCCGCCCCCAGGCAGAUGCUGGAGGGCGGGGCUUCACGGCGCCCGGUGCCCGACAUCACCUUCGGAGUCACAAUGAGGGCGUCGUCUCCUCUGUCAGACCUCCUCUCUCAUCAGUACGCUCGCCGCUGGCUCGACGAUCAGCUGAGCAGGAAUCAAACCGCCAACCACAAACAGCUGGACAGGAUAAAACCAGGUCGUAUCCCAGAGACCAGGGCCAGUCUGCUGAGGAGGAGCAGAGCUCUGCCUGUAACACACACACUGUUCAGACUGCCACGCUUCACACAGGUUCCUCCUGCUCUGGACACCUUCAGGGACCAGGAGGCUCGUCUCCGGGCGUUCAGGGCUCAUCAGUCAGACUCUGUGUCCAGGAGAGGACACCAGGGUCUGGGCACCUACAGUCUGGACUGAACCUGAGGACCGGACCCAUC